AUGGACGUGGUCGCUGCAGAUACCGAAGCCACUAACACUCCCCCGCCAUUGCCCGUCUUCACCAUCGCCGACUUUAACCCCGAAAUUCGAGCUCCGUGGUCUUUCAUUGGCCGAAUACUCGCCCGGAGCCCUGUUCGUACGUUUAAGUCGUGGCGUGCGUCUGGGAGGCUGUUUCGUGUUCAUGUCACCGAUCGGGACGACGCUACUUUGCGCGUGACUGUGUUCAACGAAGGUGCCGAAAGGUUUUUCGACGUGCUCUCUCCAGGGGCGGUUUGCUCGUUCUCUAAUGGGCGCAUCACGACCGCAAAUUCUGUAUUCGCGCCGCCGAGUUCACCUAUCGAGCUCUCGUUCGGGGGUGACGCUAACAUCCACCGAGUUACCGAUGGCCCCGACUAUCCAGAGCCUGCUUUUGCCUACAUCAGACUCGCUGACUUGCCUGCUGCUACUCCUACCGUCUCCGGAAUAGUCGUCGACGUGGGGCCUCUCAGAGACAUUACGACUCGCGCGGGCCGCAAGACUUUGAAGCGCGAAUUCCUGUUGGUUGAUGACUCCAAUGUCGAUGUGGUAUGUACAGCGUGGGGACAAGACGCCGACGAACUCCAAGAUUCUCUACAGGGCCAUCCUAUUCUCAUUCAAAACGGCCAAAUCUCCGAUUACAUGAAUAUUCGGUCCGUCGACAUUGGGGUCCGGUCUACCCUGCUCCACCAUCCAGCGACUUCCCGGUCUGCCGACUUACAGCGCUGGUUUGCCGGGCUUCCAGCCGGUCACGCCUUUACCUCCAUGCACGCGUAG